CCAAGCCAGCGCGGCGGAUCGGUGGUGCGAACGACGACCCACGAACGAACGCUAGAAAACCAGAGCACGUCCCCCCUCCGACCGAGCCUCAGUUCUCGCCGGAGCAAAUUCUGCGAGCUAUCGCUAAAUUCGAAGACGAGGAACACCCUGAAGAGAGCGAAAGAGAGAGAGAUUAGGGUGGAGACGAGGGAAAAUGGCGUGCAUGCACGAUCACAGCUGCGAAGACCACGACUGUUCCUCCAAUUGGUCCCUCUACAAGCACGUGGACCUCUCCAAGGUAUCGGCACUUAAUGAAGCUGUUCCAGGAAGUGUGAAGUCAGUGUUUAAAGCUUGGGAGCAUCGCUUGAAUUCUUCUGAGGGCUACUUGGAAAGCAAUGAUGGUGAUCCUGAGUUACUUGUUUUCAUUCCAUUUACUUCGGAUGUGAAGAUCAAGAGUAUUUCAAUUGUCGGUGGUGCUGAUGGAACAAGUCCGUCAAAGAUGAGGGCGUUUAUCAAUAGAGAGGGCAUUGACUUUUCAGAUGCCCAGAGUAUGCAAGCUGUCCAGGAAUGGGAUUUGGCUGAAAACAUGCAAGGAAUGUUGGAAUAUCAGACUCGGUACUCAAAAUUUCAAAGCGUGGGCAACAUUACAUUGCAUUUUCCUGACAAUUUUGGGGGUGACACUAGCCAGAUAUAUUACAUUGGCUUUAAAGGUGAAGCUACUCAGUUGAAGAGGGACGUUGUUGCUACUAUUGUUUAUGAAUUGAUGCCGAAUCCUUCUGACCAUAAGACGAAGGCUGAAACUGGCGGCGGUUCUUCACAUGUGGAAUGAAAUACAGAGACAAGGACUAACUGCAUUUGAAUUUCUAUGACGACGGUUGGAUCACAUGUAAAAUUAUCAUGAUGAUCUCAGUCCCUCCUGAAUUGACAUAGAUUAUAUGUAAAUAUCUUCUCUUCUCCUUUUGUAAGCAUUUUUCCCCCUCCGGAUGGUUUUGAAUAUGAAUGCCUCUCGCUUUUCUUGGAUGCUUUACAA